CUUCGAUUGUUAUCGAUAUUCUCUCCACACUUCCAUUUUGCUCUUUCCACGCACUACUUCACUACUCUCCAUCCAUGGCCGCCAUCACCAACUACCUCGCCAAACCGCCCCCUUAUCUCGCCUUCGUCUCCCUCUCCCUCACCAAGAUCAAUCCCCUCAGUUCCCUUUCCACUAAACCCAGAAAUCUGGCCUCCAAACUGGAAUCAAAAGCUCACUCAACCCUAUUCGUCGCCAAGGCCACGGCGGCCUCCAAGGUUCAGAGCGACGAGCGAGUCCAGAAAGUCCACAGCAUGGAGGAAUUCGACGAGGCACUCCGAUCCGCCAAGGACAAGCUGGUGGUCGUCGAGUACGCAGCCAGCAACAGCCAGGAGAGCAGCCAGAUCUACCCCUUCCUGGUGGAGCUCAGCCGGACGUGCAGCGACGUCGAGUUCCUGCUGGUCAUGGGCGACGAAUCGGACAAGACCCGGGAGCUCUGCAAGAGGGAGAAGAUCGACCAGGUCCCGCACUUCAGCUUCUACAAGAGCAUGGAGAAGAUCCACGAGGAGGAGGGGAUCGGGCCGGACCAGCUGAUGGGGGACGUGCUGUACUACGGCGACAACCACUCGCGGGUGGAGCAGCUGCACCGCCGGGAGGACGUGGAGAGUCUGAUCGAGGGGCACAAGGCUGACGGCAAGCUGAUCGUGCUGGACGUGGGGCUGAAGCACUGCGGGCCGUGCGUGAAGGUGUACCCGACGGUGGUCAAGCUGUCGCGGCAGAUGGCGGACACGGUGGUGUUUGCCAGGAUGAACGGGGACGAGAACGAGAGCUGCAUGGAGUUCUUGAAGGACAUGGAGGUGAUCCAGGUGCCCACUUUCUUGUUCAUCAGAGACGGCGAGAUCUGCGGCCGCUACGUGGGCUCCGGGAAAGGCGAGCUAAUCGGCGAAAUUCUCAGAUAUCAGGGCGUUCGCGUCACCUAUUAAUUAACCUUGUAAACAAGAAAGAAAGAAAGAAAGGUUUGAUUUGAUUUGCAAAUGAAUCAUCAUGCCAUCCGGAUUUGAUACAUAAAUUAUAUACUCGUUGGAUAUUGAUUUAAUGACA